AUGGGAGAAAUUACAGCUAUUGGAAAGCCCGCAUGGCGGGUUACCUUGAGGCUCAACCCUCUUGCUUGGGAGGUUACCGACAAAUCCAUUGGUGUUAUGGAUGAGGACCAUACAAAAUGGAAUGCUAGAGCCAAAAAUGCUUUGUUUGAUGCUCUUAGUGAAGAAAUCUUUGCUCAUGUGCAUAGCAAGAAAACCACUCAUGAAGUGUGGGAAGAGCUUGAGACCAUUCAUGUUGGGUCUAAAAAGCUCCGUGAAGAGAAGUACCAAGUGCUAAAGGAGAAACUCAAUGAGUUCAAAAUGCAUCCUAGUGAACUAGUUGAACAAAUGUAUGCUAGGUUGAAUGUACUGGUUGAGGACAUUAACGCACUUGAAAUUUCUCCUUUGUCUACUAGUGACAUCAUCCGGAAGAUUCUUCACUCAUUGCACAAGCCCAAGUACAACAUUGUGACAUCUUUGCUCUAUGAGAAAGAUCUUUCCACAUUGCAAGUGAGUGAAGUGGUUGGAAAAAUUCGGUCUCAUGAGAUGUUUCUCUUGGGCAAAAUUGAUCCUCCUCAAGCCAAAGGUGAUCUUGCUCUCAAAGCUAAAGGCGAACACAAGUCAAACAAGAAGAGCAAGGGCAAGGCACCUAUGUCAAGUUCAAGUGAAGCUAGUGAUGACUCAAGUGAUGAGGAUGAUGAUGAAGACACCAAGCUUGCUCUCCUCAUGAGGAAGACCAUAAAGCUAAUGUCAAGGUUGAACAAGAAGGGGUACAACUUCGACCCCAAAAAAAAUAAGUUCUGUACAAGGAAGCCCAAAGAUGCCCUCAAGAAGAUAUGCUAUGUUUGUGGCAAGUAUGGUCAUCUCUCAUACGAUUGCCCUCAAGAAUCCAACAAGAAGCAAGAUGAGGACAAUCAACCAAGGCACAACAAAGAUCAUGAUCAUAAGAAGGACCAUGACAAGAAAGAUUACAAGAAGAAGAGGUCCUUCAAGAAGAAAGAGAAAAUCAAGGCUUUUCUUGGGGAGUGGAUCACCGACGGCGAGACCUCAAGCGAUGACGACGAUGAUGAUGAUGACUCCAAGAACAUCAUUGUGGGGAUCGCCAUCCAUGAAGAUGAACCACCGCUACCUCCACCACCCAUGUGCCACAUGGCUAGAGGUAACCCCAAGGUGAAUUCCGAUGACUCAUGCUCUAGUGAUGAUGAUAGUGAUAAUGAGUUAUCUCCUAGAGAUCUUAAGUUGCUCCUAGAUGAAUAUAAUGACAUGAUCAAGAAGCUUAAAUCUAAACUCAAGUGUUUAAAAAUUGUGCAUGUUGAGCUUAAGACUUCGCAUGAUGAGUUACUUGUUAGACACAAUGAGGUAGUAGAGACUCAUGAAAAAUGUGUUGUAUCUAGCAAGCAACUUAGAGAGGAUCAUGAUAAGUUACUUGUUAAGCACAAUGAACUAGUUGAAAAACAUGAUGAAGUAGUUGUGCUCAACAAGUCGCUUGAAGAGUCCAACAAAAAGCUUAAGUUUGAUUAUGCUAAUCUAAAUUCAAAAUAUCAAGAACUUGAGUUUGCUUUUGAUGCUAUUGAUGAUGAACUUGAAACUCUAAAAACUGAAAACAUCAAUGCAUCAACUUCUUGUGAAACACAUGUGGAGUCUUCCAAAUCUUUCACUAAUCAUGAUGUCUCUAGUUCUUCCAAGACUAACUAG